GUAAACAUAGCUUUAUGAAUUUGUAGUUUAUAAUCCCUUGCAAUUCUGUUUUGGCUUGCCCAAAGAUAUCAAACUCUACCCCUCAAAUCACACUUUCAAGGAGAGAAGGAGAAUUGAGUCGGAAGAUAAGAAGAAAAUUCACAAAAAGAUAUCAUACCGUUCAUAUCAUACACGCGGGCAAAGAAUAAAGAAGAAAAGAUAUUCCACUCUACCCUUCAAAUCAAAGGAUUCAUCGGAAGAUCAAGACCAGCUAAUUUCAUUGGAAGGGAGGAUUGAAUCAGAAAGUCAAUCGAAAGACGAGCAAAGAUACACGAAGAGAACGAAAGGAAGCAUGUCAUAUGCCCUUCUCUACUCUGUGAUACUGAAGCUGGACGAUAAUUAUGGAGAGGACGAAACACAUGAGGAAAUGGAAAGGGUAAUUGAGGAGUUGAGAGAGAUUCUGUAUAUUAUGGCGAAUAAGCAAUUAGAAGAUGGGAGAAGGCUAAAUUUUUUGGUAUGUGAUCUUGUCGACGUGAUUGAGCAUGCCCUCCACCUUUGCAAACAAUGCGAAACCUAUUAUUGGGAGUCCAUCCAUAGUUGGAUCGGAGAGAUAAAAAAGCGCAUGCUGAAACUGGGAGAUGAUGAGUCCAACAUGACAUCAUCAGAAAAUGUUGACGAUAACUAUGUGGUGGGCUUGGAGGAAGAUGUGGAAAUGCUGCUUCGCACAAGGAUUAUUGGUGGGGAAUAUUACCUGAAGACGGUUCUCAUCAAAGGCAUGGCUGGUAUUGGAAAGACAACUCUUGCGAGAGAGAUAUACAACCAUCCAACCAUCGUUAAGCGAUUCGAGCGUCGUGCUUGGGUAUCUAACUCUACUCACUUAACUCUUAAAGAGCUACUUAUCAAACUAAUACAACAGGUAGAAGAUCCUCAGAAUCUCCAUACAUCUUCCUUAUUGGAGAAUAUGGACAACCCAAGUCUCCGAGAUAUGCUUUCCCAACACUUGCAAGGAAAGAGAUAUCUUAUAGUUCUCGACGACAUGCCCAAACAAAUGCACUUGGCCUCUUUAGUGCAUGCUCUUCCAAAAGAAUCUCUUGACUAUGGAAGUAGAUUGUUGCUCACAAGUCACACGAUGCAUAUCGGCGUAGAUAUAGACGAUGAAAAUGUUCAUCAGAUGAAACCUUUGGAUUCUAAGAAGAGCUGGAAAUUGUUUUUGAAAACAAUGAACCAUGGCAAUAAAUUGACGGGUGAGCACAAAUUCCCAAUGAACUUGCAGCCUAUGGCAAAACAAAUGUUGAGAAAAUGUGGCGGACUUCCAUUAGCUAUAAAAGAGGUGGGAAAGCAGUUAGUGGAAAAGAAACUCUCAAGGGUGAGCGAAUGGGAACAACUUCUUGAAUCAGUUGAUUUUGGUUCAACACUCAAGUUAUUGGAACCAUUUUAUCAUAAAUUGGACCCCAAAAUAGAUUCAUGUUUCUUGUCUAUGGCCUUCUUUAAGGAAAACACAACUUUGAGGAAAGAAAAGUUGGAACAGAUUUGGAGUGCUGGAGUGGUGGAAGAUGACUAUCUAUGUGAAUCAUAUUUACGUGGUUUAAUCAAUGAAUCUGUUAUCGAUGUCACGGAAAAGAGCACGAAGUAUCGCAUGAAUGUUGUGUUACACAUGCUAUCCAUCCAAAAAGCAGAGGAGAAACUAGGUUUUGAGAUCCUAAGGAACAAUGGAAAUAAUCGACCCUCUGAGAGUCCUCGUCAUCAUCGUGUUGUCAUUUGUAGCAGAGACAAGUUCAACUACUCAACGGAUCAAGAUAAGCAUCUUGUUUCUCUCUUCUUCCAUGGAGGUGGCUACUUGGACACUAGUCCGUCUUAUUGGAAGAGCUUUGAACAGCUUAAGAUACUCGACUUGGAAGAUUUUGGUUUGAAGAUGUUACCGGAAACUAUCUGCACAUUGAAAGAAUUAAGAUACUUGGGGUUGAGAAAUAAUUACAUAAAAGAGCUCCCCGACUCAUUGGGGUGCUUGGAAAAUCUUGAGGUUCUUGACAUAGCUCAAAACUUUAUGGUGGAGGUGCCAGAUAUUAUAUGGGAAAUACGUAGCCUUUGCCACCUCUACAUGUCUGAUGUGAUUUGCCGGAAGCCAUUCAAGAUAGACGCGCUAAGGAAUCUGAAGACUUUAACCUACGUCUCAGUUAAUAAUUGGACAUACGAGCUCUCUAGAUUGGAAACGUUGUAUGGUCUCCACAAACUGGGCAUUGAAAUAUUAGGUGAAAACUCUGAUGCCGGCGCGCUUUUUGCAUCAUUGGCUAAGUUAAUAUUUUUUAAGCACCUGAUCUUAAGAGGGUGUCGUUUCAGAAGCAUGCCUUGUUUGGAUGAGAUUCGUAUUCUAAACAGUCUCAAAACACUCAAAUUGGAUGGACUCCUUGCAAGGUUACCAACUAAUCUCCCUGAAUUUCUUGAAUCAUUAACGUUAGGUAAUAGUUGUCUUGAUGAAGACCCCAUGCCGCUACUAGGGAAGUUAAAGAGGCUAGAGUACCUCAAAUUGCGGAACGCAUACACUGGUCAACAAAUGGUGAUCUUGGAUAAUGGCUUCCCUAGUCUCAAAGACUUGUGCAUCGAAGAGUUGUGGAAUCUGAGAAAUGUACAAGUUGGAGUGAAGGGAGUGCGUUUUCUCAAGAAAUUAGAAAUCCAUGAUUGUCCAAACCUGGAUACCCUCCCGGAAGCGAUCAUGUCGUUUAUAUUUCUGAAGGUGAUAAAGAUGGUGACAACCAAAAGCAUUGCAGCAAAGAUCAGGAAUUCAGACUUAAUCUCCAACAUAAUGAUCGUGAACAUCAAUCCAUAAGCUAGCUCACGUGUCUGCAUUAAUUGUUACAUAUGUUUUGUUUGAUUUGUUGGCGUUAAUUUGGAUAGUUUCUAGCUAGAUUUUCUUCCUUGUUGGUUGUGUGUUUGUAAAUUGUUGGAAGGUGAUAGGCUAAAAGGAGAGAAAGUAAAUAUGUAGAGGAAGAGAAACUAAAGUCACUAGAUAAUAUUUCUUGAAUUCCCAAAGACUUGAUUUUCCA